AUGCACAAAAACUCCCAAACUAUAUCUAAAACCAAGCCCAAAAUUCGGAUCAUCCACAUUUUCGCACCCGAAAUCAUCAAAACCGACACAACGAAUUUCCGGGAGCUCGUCCAAAGGCUCACCGGCAAGCCCACUGAGGCUGACCCGAGCAGCCGUGGCGCGACAAAGAUGAAAACAAGAAAGAAAGUGGCAAGAAUCUUUCCUUCAAGCAAGAAAAUGAGUAUGAGGGCAGGAUUCCAUGCAAGUUUAAGGGAGAGAAUUAAAGGAGAAGAGGAGAUUUGGAGCAGUGCCAAUUCAGGAGGUGGCUUCUUGGGUGGUUUUGCAGACUUUGAUGGCUUCAUGCAAGAAAUCAACCACUUUCCAUUUUUGGAAGGUACACCAUCUCACUGCUUGGAUGUCAAUGGCCUCCCUCAGCUUGCUUGA